AUGGCUCUCCGUGUCGUCAACGGUCCCGGCGGUAUCAACAAGGGUUCCAUGGUCUCAGUCGUCCAAGAACUCAGCCGCCAGACAUCUUCCUCCACCGACCCAUCUGCGCCUGGCAUCAUUCUCGCUAACACGGGCGAGCUCUGGUGGUGGCCAGAGGGAAAGAAGGCCCUGAGCCCUACUCCUGCCCUUGCCGUUCCGCAGAAGAGCAUGGUUCAUCACGGCCGCGUUUUCAAUCCAAAAUUGCACUCGAUCUCCAAGAACGAGAGCCCUGAGGCACAUAUCCAAUACGUUCUCAACGACGUUCUUCUCGAGCUCGUCCCUCCAACCGCCCGCAUCGACAUCGUUGGCAUCGGCUUGGGUGCCGACCAUGCAACCAAGACCCUCGAUAGACCAGACACUUGGACCGUCCUCGGACACCGAAUCAACACUCUCUCGCUUCUCGGCAGCACGACCAGCAUUGAUGAGCUCUCCCACGAGCCGUUCAAGGAGUUUCUUCCUCGCCGUGCCCGGGCGUACAUCACAGACGAAGCCCCCGUCCUCACUCCGCUCGCCCAGCCUGGCGGUAACCCCAACACUGCCUCCUUCACGCAGCAAGGUUGCACCGUUUACAGCUCUAGUGAGGCUUACUACGUCGACUGCAUUCUUAUCAAUAGCCGUGCCCCAAUCUUCGACUGGAUCCAGGAAGUCGCUCUUGCGGGUCACGACUACCACCACCCGGCGGUCGCAGCCGUCGAUCCGCACGUGCCAACCGACGAGGAGUGGGCUGCUGGCGGCUUUGACGAAGCUUGGAAGAAUCUGCCCGAGUUCGUGAAGCCAAGCCUUGGAUAUGCCAUUUCAUCCGAGGCUCAUGAACAUUGCAAUGUUUUGUGGGGUGUUCAGGAGUUUGCGGAGAGUCAGAUUAUGAAACAGAGUGAAGAGCAUGACUAG